UGAUUUCCAAUUCCUAACAAUCAACAACACAUUAUGGGCGGUUCAGAGUCGAAAUUGCACGUUUUCGCCACGGAUUCGUCGAAAAAUAUCGAUAAACUGGAGCAGGAGAUGGCGGCCGAGCAAACUGCAAAUCUAAGUGGAAAUAUCGCUGGAAUGAGUGCUCCGAAAAGCUCGUCGAAUCGACGAGGUCCAAUGCAAGAAGUCGAUCUUGACGCCGAAUUUGACACGUUGGAGGAGCCAGUUUGGGAUACUGUGAAACGCGACGUUCUCACUGUCGGAGCAAAAUUCACGCACGUCGUGCUCCCCCACGGCGAUAAGCAGCAGCUUCUCCGCGAUUGGGACCUCUGGGGCCCACUUUUCAUCUGUGUCGGACUGGCUUUGCUUCUCCAGCACAAUGGCGGCACCGAAUCAGCUCCACAGUUCACUCAAGUCUUCACAAUCACAUUCUUCGGCUCGGUGAUCGUCACGGCGAAUAUUAAGCUUCUCGGAGGAAAUAUCUCAUUCUUCCAAUCUCUAUGCGUCAUCGGCUAUUGCCUUCUCCCGCCGUUCGUCGCCGCCGUUCUUUGCUCACUUUUCCUCCAUGGAAUCGCUUUUCCGCUCCGGCUUCUCAUCACUUCCAUUGGAUUCGUGUGGUCCACUUAUGCAUCGAUGGGAUUCUUGGCAGGAUGUCAGCCUGACAAAAAGCGACUUCUCGUCAUUUAUCCGGUGUUCCUGUUCUAUUUCGUCGUCAGCUGGAUGAUCAUUUCACAUUCUUGAGCUUUUUAAAGAAAAAAAUAUAGAUUAUUUAUUCCCCUUUCAACUCGUGAUAUUAUGCAUAACAUCCGUCAUCAUCGCUUUUGAUUAUAAACUACAAAAAACUGUGAUUUUCUACUGUAGCUUUCACUAAUUCUCCCCCUUUCUACUCUCUAAGAGCCAUAACAAAUUUUUUUGUCUCCUCCCUCACGAUUGAUGUAUUUAUUUGAACGAAGAAUAAUUGAUUUAUGCAAUUUUUUCAGUGAAAAAUGAGAGAAAAAAGAUAAAUUCAGAAUAUUAAAA